CUUAAAGGUGCUACUGGACUCUUUUUGAUUUUGCUGACUUGAAAGGCAACUCCAUGGAAAAGAAGGAAAUGUGCAUUGGAUUGGCAUGCGGUAGCACACAUCCACCCCCCUUAACUGCUUUCCUCCUCCUUUAAAACUCAACCAAAGCUCCUGUUUCCAUCACGAUUUGCUACAGCCAAACAAACAUUGCCCAAGAAUGACCUCCACCUUCUGGGUCUUCUGGCAGAACUGGCAGUGAAGCCACCCCCCCCCCCCACUGCCCCUCUUUUAUUUAUUUAGACUUUGCACAUUUCUCGGCUUCUGCUCCAUGUGAGGCCCAGAGCCAAAAGACCACCUGGAGUUUCUAUUUGCUCAGCAGAGUCCAUUUCAGCUUUCACAUGAUGACUAUAAAUCUCCUGGCACGAGUCCUUGCCACCUUCUCCCUGGGAUUUUGCUGGCUGUCCAGACCACAAGAGAUAUUUCUGGAUUCUUUGGAUGCCCAAGAUAUUUUCUCUUAUUUUCGUAUCACUUCCGUCUCAGAAGCACCUGAGUUUGAGGUGGCACAUCUCACUUGUUCCUGCAGAGGGGGGCAACCGGGAUUAACACCUUGCAAAGUCCAACAAUGCUCCCUUACAGCUUGGGGGGAACUCUAUACCUUCGAAUUCCUCGAGGACCACACCCUCCUUUCCUCAUCGUUCGUGAGUGACCGAAGGCUGAAUUCUUCUGCCAGUUUGCUGAGGCACUUCUGGGGCAAUUGUUUUGCCGGAGGGAAGGUCCUGAGCCCUCCAGGGGCGGAAUGCCGAGUCACAUACUGUGAAGGGCAGCUGCAAGGAGUUGUCAUGGUCCACGGGGAGAAGGUUCACAUCCAGCCUGUGAGAAGCAAACAUCAGACGCUGCUGAAAGGCGAACUUUGUCCCAGGCCCCACGUGGUCUUCAGGAUUCCGCAGAACCACACCGCGGCACUAGCAGGAAGAAAGCUUCCGUCCCGAGUACGGAAGGGGGCUGAGUUGGAUGUGAAGCACUUGGAGCUGCUUGUUGUGGCGGGACCGGAUGUCUUCCAGUUCCAUAAAGAAGACACCGAGAGGUACAUCCUCACAAAUCUGAACAUUGGUGCGGAACUGCUCCGAGACGGCUCGCUGGGAGCUCAGUUCAGGAUCCAUCUGAUCCGAAUGAUCAUCCUCACAGAGCCUGAGGAAGGCAUCAGCAUCACCGCCAACCUGACUUCCUCGAUGUUCAGUGUCUGUGCGUGGGCCAGGAAGGUCAACCCUGAGAACGAUUCAGACCCCAGGCAUGCAGAUCUCGUGCUGUACGUGACCAGGUUUGAUCUGGAAUUACCAGGUGGGAACAACCAAGUGCGUGGCGUCACCCAACUGGGCGGGGCCUGUUCCACCUUCUGGAAUUGCGUCAUCACUGAGGACACUGGAUUUGACCUGGGAGUCACCAUUGCUCAUGAGAUUGGACACAGCUUUGGGAUCCAGCAUGAUGGAGAAGGGAACCAAUGUUCUGGGAACGGACACAUUAUGGGCUCUGAAGGCAUUCUCAAUAGUGUGGAUCUAACAUGGUCUGCAUGUAGUAGAGAGCAGCUCCUCGCUUUUGUAAGUACAGGCCAAGCAGACUGCAUGAACGACCUGCCGGACCUCAAGGACAGCAUCCCAGGAGGGAAGCCCGGCCUAUAUUAUGGGGUGGAUGAGCAGUGCCAGAUAGCUUUUGGGAGUGGAGCUGCUGCCUGCACUUUCGCCAGGCACGACCUUGAUGUGUGUGAAGUCCUCUCUUGUCAUACAAAUGCAGCAGACCUGGCUAGCUGUACACGGCUCCUCAUCCCCCUCCUAGAUGGAACUGAAUGUGGGCUCAGCAAGUGGUGCUUCAAAGGCCGCUGCAGUGUUUUGGAAGACCUGGAUCCCAUUGCAGCAGUCCAUGGGCAUUGGUCCAGCUGGACUUCUUUCACUGCCUGCUCCCGCAGCUGCGGAGGGGGAGUCGUGGUUCGAAGACGGCAGUGCAACAACCCCAGGCCUGCUUUUGGAGGGCAUCCAUGUGAGGGGCAAAACUUGCAAGCAGAAAUGUGUAACGUGCAGCCUUGCCUGACCACCCAGCUGGGUUUCAUGGAUGAACAAUGUUCUGCAACGGAUCUGAAGCCCCUUGACCUUAGUCCGGCGUUCCCGUCCUUUUACAAAUGGAUUUCAGCAGCUAGUUAUGCCAAAGGAGACCUUUUGUGCAAACACGUGUGCAGGGCACAUGGGAAGGAUUUUAUGGUGAGUCGAGGGGACCAAUUCAUCGAUGGGACGAGGUGUGAGCAGAGUGUCCAGGGAGACAAAAAGGCGCUCGGCGUGUGUGUGAUGGGCAGCUGCCUGGCUUUUGGGUGUGAUGGCAGGAUGGAUUCUGAGAAGAAAAUGGAUGCCUGCAGGGUGUGUGGUGGAGACAACUCUACAUGUUUCAGUGUGAAGGGCUCGUACACAGAUGGGAAAGCCAGAGAAUAUGUUACCUUUCUGAUGCUUUCUCCUAAUGCUACCACUGUCCAUGUGGUUAACCAGAAACCACUCUUCACUCACUUGGCUGUGAGGGUCAAAGGGCAGUACGUGGUGGCUGGAGCUGGCAGCAUUUCUUUGAACGUCACGUAUCCGUCUGUCUUGGAGGACAGCCAGCUAGAAUACAAGGUCUUUCUUACGGAGGACAACCUGCCUAGAUUGGAGGAAAUUCACGUGGAUGGACCAGUGCAGGAGGAUGUAGAGAUACAGGUUUAUAGGAGAUAUGGGAAGGAAUAUGGGGGUAUCACCAGUCCAGACAUCAUCUUCAGCUACUUUCAGCCGAAUGAGAAACAGGAAUUCACAUGGGCUUCCCGAACAAACCCCUGUUCAGUGAGCUGUGGCGAAGGGAUUCUGCAAGUCGAUCACUCCUGCUUUGACCAGAUAAGAGGUGAACUGACCAGUGACCUGCAUUGCCUGAAGACCCCUCGGCCCCUUGCCAGGCAAGAGCCUUGCUCCCUGGCACCCUGCCCACCUCAAUGGAAAGCAUCUGAGCCAGGCAAGUGCUCUGCCAUUUGCGGCUUAGGAAUUGCCCUACGGACUUUGUCCUGCAUCCAGGUUCUUGCUGGCCUGGAGAUCGCAGUGGAGGAUGUCCUGUGCCCAGUAGACAAGAAGCCCCUUGCCUUUGUUCCAUGCAUGGUGAACGUCUGCCCUCUGGGAUGGAACAGACAGAAAGACGUGCCCCCCCCGGAGUCGUCUGUCCCCUUUUGGCCCCAUCAGAAUGGCAACCAGUCCGUGUACGUCUGGAGCCCUUUGGCUGGAGAAUGCCCCGUCAGCUGUGGAGGAGGCUUGAUGCUGUUGCGCUAUGUCUGUUUGGACUUCAGUACCAAAGAAGAAACCAAGGAGGAACUUUGUAACCAGGCACCAAAGCCGGGGAGUCAGCUGGAAGUCUGUAAUCCUUUGCCAUGUCCGCCAAGGUGGUUUCGCAAAGAGGGCACGUGCAGUGCAAGCUGUGGUGGAGGCAUGAUGCGCCAUGUCCUGUACUGUGCACGGCACAUGGGAGAAGAGGAGGAGGAGGAGGAGGAAGAGAUCCUGCUAGACUCGCACUGUGAGGGUUUGCCUCGCCCCAAGGAACAGGAAGCAUGCAACCUGCAGCCGUGUCCCCCGAGGUGGAAAGUGGCAGGUCUCAGCCCAUGUUCCUCCUCCUGUGGCCUUGGGGUGGCCAUACAGAAAGUCAUUUGCGCACAGUUUUCUGGAGGCCGGGAGACUGAAGUGGCGAACACCUCCUGCCUGGAAGCGGAAAAGCCCCUUUCCCGCAUCCCCUGUGUCACCAGGAUGUGUUCUUAUGAGUGGGGAUUUACCAAAUGGACAGAGUGCUCUCUGACUUGUGGAAAUGGCAUCCAGACACGGCAGGAUUUCUGCGUCAGUCCCCAAACUGGCGCACGAGUGAGCCCUGUCCUGUGCAUGCCUUCCCCCAAGCCUGUGAUGGUGAGAAGUUGCUCCCUUGGCCCCUGCCUUGAACAAACUACGGCAGAUGGGCUCCUUAGCGGGGAGACCAGGACUCCGAUGCCAGGUGCUGACCGGAUGAGUACUGGAGCCACUGUCAGCCCCAACGGACCAGGAGAAGGAGCCCUGCACAUCCAAUGGCCUGGCAAACUGGCUCCUCCUGGGACGCAAUUGCAAGAGACACCUGGGGAAGAUGAUGCUGGUGUCUGUGGGAGGCUGUUCCUCAGUUCCACCGGGUUGAUCAACAUGACUGGCUUGCAAGCCAGAGACUGUACUGUUGCCAUCGGCCGCCCCUUAGGAGAGGUGGUAACAGUCCAGGUGCUGGAGAACUCCCUGAACUGCAGUGCAGGGGAGGUGGUGGUGUUUCUGGGCCGGAUGAUGUGGCGGACGGGUUGCAAGAGGUUGACGCUCUCUGUCAUAAAUGCCCGGAGCAACACUCUGAUGGUGAGACAGCGCCUCCUGUUGCCUGGGAAUGGAGUUGUCCUUCAGUACAUCAGCGAAACGGCCAGGAAGAAAUACCACCAAGAGUGUGACAGGCAGCUCUUCGGCCCACGAGGAGAAAUAGCAAACCCUGCAGGGGCAACAGACAUGGACCAGCCAGCAGCAUGCAGGACCUUCAUUGAUGUGGCUCCAAGGCACCGCGUAGCCAUCCACGCCGUCCAUGUAGAUCUGAGAGCCCAGGCCAACCAAAUGCACUCCAAUUACAUCUUGAUUCGAGACGUGAACACCAUGAAAACCUCCGUCUUCUGUGGAAACCAGCUCUUUUACUGGCAGUCAACCGGGAACCGGGUGGAGAUUGAAUUUAACAAAGACUUUACCAAUAUCCGUUUCCGAGCAGAGUACUGGAUCCUCCAACCCAAAUAAAGCCCAUCCUAUCAUUUCAUUAUUGCUGAGGGAAUGAUCCCCUUGAGGGAUCUGUAGCUGGAGACAUGUUGACAGGUGUGGCUUCUCUUGUAGUUCUGAGUUCCAAAGAGUUUAUUGUCUAUAGCCAUAGGACGUCACAAUUCACCAAACAUCGACUAAUAAACAAUUAAAUCCAUUA